AUGGACGCUGCGUCCAGCGUCACCUGCGCGCUGGCGGCGCUCGCGUUGCGGCUGAAGAAUGGGCAGCUGACCACCGCCGGCAAGGCCCUCUUGGGCGCUUUGCCCAUCCUCUUGAUGCAGUGGCGCCAGCGGCUGCAGCGGCAGAAAGCAGCCAGGGGGAAACACCCGGGCACUGCCGAGCAGCGGGCCUUGUGCUUCAAUCCGGCGAUCCAGAAGGAGGACUUUGAGGAGCGUUUCAUUGGGACGAAAGAGGCUUUAGAGUCCGGAAGCUUCGACUACAUCGUCGUGGGCUCCGGCAGCGCCGGCUGCCCGCUGGCGGCGCGCCUGGCGAAGGCGGGGGCCUCGGUGCUGCUGGUGGAGGCGGGCGGCGAGGCGCAGCGCAGCAUGGAGGUGCAGAUGCCCAAGAAGAUGUGGCGGCUGUGGCAGUCGGAGGUGGACUGGGGCUUCCGCUCGGUGCCCCAAGAGAAGCUGCUGCCGCCAGGGCGGCGGCUGGACAUGGAGCGGGGAAAGACCUUGGGCGGAAGCAGCGCCAUCAACUACAACAUGUGGGUUCGGGGCGCGCCGGAAGACUACGACCGCUGGGCGGAGGAGUUUCAGUGUCAGGGCUGGAGUUACCAGGAGGUCCUCCCUCACUUCAAGUCCGUGGAGCGCGUCAGCGCCGCCAUCGGCGACGCGUCCGGCGACGCGGCGUCGAGCGCCGCCGCAUUCCGCGGCCGCGGCGGCGCGGUCAAGGUGAACACGCUGCACCCGCCGAUGGAGGAAGUGGAAGACUUCUUGAGGGCCUGCGAAGAGACGGGCGACGCGCGGAACGAGGACUACAACGGCCCGCGCCUGCCCGGCGUAGGCUACACGCAGUUCAACACCGAAGGAGGCCGGGAGGAUUGCUUCAACGCCUUCAUCGAGCCCAUCUUGAGGUGGUAUCCCAACCUUCAUGUGGCCAGUGAGACCUUCUGCCGGAAAGUCUUGCUGGAGAAAACAGAUGGCCAGGUUCGAGCCACGGGAGUCCAAGUGGAGCUCCGCACCGGGGACAUCCUCGAGGUGAAGUGCAGGCGCGAGGUGGUCUUGAGCGCCGGCGCGCUGCUGACGCCGCAGAUCCUGAUGCUCAGCGGCAUUGGCGAAGCCAAACACCUGAAGGAGCAUGGCAUCGAAUGUGUGCGCGAGCUCCCAGUGGGACAGAACCUCCAGGACCAUCCCUUGGUGCCGACGGUGCUCCUGGGAGAGCCCAAGGAGGAGACGAUGCCCCGCGCCGCGUACCGCAACUCGAGCAGUUUGAACGCGCAGCUCUUCUGGCAGUCCGAGGUGGACAAGAAGCGCGAGGAGGAACUGAAAAGACCACUGGGUGCUGACAUUCAGAUCAUCCUGGUGAAUCGGCCGGAUCCCAGCAUGGGCCUCAAGGCCGGCAUCCACUUGUUGGGGCAGAACGUGUUCCACCGCCUUUCCUCCGAUUAUCGAAGGGACUACAAGGUCUUGACGGAUUUCAUUGCCUUCCUCUUGCGAAAUGUCUUCAAGCUUGAGUCGGUGAAAUCCGCUUUCACCCAGAGGUUCUACUCCGUGACCAUGCUGAACAACCACGCACAAAGCCGUGGCACCGUCCGCUUGGCCUCCGCGAAUCCCCAUGACUUGCCGAUCGUGGACCCCCAGUACUUCACCGACCCGGACGAUGUGAAGGCCUUGAUCCAGGGCUACCGGCGCAUCCGCGCGAUCAUGACGCACCCCAUCAUGACGAAGCACUUCGACCCUGCCGGCGCCGUGCCGGUGCCCGCCUCCGACGCGCCAGACAGCGAGAUCGACAAUUACAUCCGCAGCAAUGCGCAGACCACCUGGCACUACUCCUGUACCACUCCCAUGGGACCCAUCGGUGAUCCCAAGGCGGUGUGCGAUGUGGGCGGCCGCGUGCAGGGCGUGGCGAAGCUGCGGGUGUGCGACGCGGGGCUCAUGCCGAAGAUCGUGAGCGGCAACACCAACUGCCCCUGCAUCAUGAUGGGCGACAAGAUCGGGGCCCUCAUGGCCAGCGACUUCGCCGCGGCCGCGGCGUCGGCCGCGCCGGGCGUGAGCCCCGUGGCGCUGAAGUCCUCGUUGCGCGGCCCAAGCAAAGCUCCGCCCGUGCGCCCGCCAUUUGAGUCCGCUGGCCUCGGGCGUUUCGAUCCCGGAGCCCAACAAGAGAAGCAGCGGCAGGGAGAGUCGCAGAGCAGGGUGAGAGCGAGCCACGCUCGCGUCACAGGUGGAAAGCGUCAGAGGCUGUCAGACCUGGUGCCCUUGCCGUUGCGCAUUCCCAGCUUCGUGUCCUCCGAGCUGGAUGGCCGACGGGUGCGCUUGGCCAUGAGUCGAUUGCCCGGACAUCCGUUGGACCGGCUCUUCGACGAGGCUCAGUUCAGCGUCAGCGAAGCCAUCGGCUGUGCCCGGGCGCUUCUGGAACAGCUGGCGCCCACCAUGGCGGCGAUCAGCAAAGUCACCUACCACCGGGACGUGAAUGCGCACAACAUCCUGGCGCACCUCGAGGGCGAUCGGCCGCCCGUGAGCUUCGGCCUGGUGGACUUCGGCCUGGCGGUGGAUGCGUCCACGUGGAUGGACGUCUCCGCGGCGAACCCCUUGGGCAAGAGCGAGUGGGAGUACCUGGACGUGGGCGGCGACUGCCGCUAUUGGCCCGUCUCCGCCUGGCGGCAGUUCGAGGCGGGCUGCAAGGUUCUCUCACAGGAGGAGCCCUUGUGCACAGAGUACCAAACGCACCUCGACCUGCAGGGCUUGGGGCUCACCGCCUUGCAGCUCCUCACCAGCCUGCUGCCUGCGACCGAGGUGCCGGAGCUCAAGGGCUUGAAGGAGGCGUGGCGCGCCUACUGGGACGAUGCCUCCGCCUAUUGGGCCUCCCUGCUGGAGACCUUCCGCUCGGGCGGGGACUGGUGCACGCUGAAGCAGGACUUCAUCGCCCGGAAGGUGCACCAACUGAUGGCCACCAGGCUGGGCGCCCUGCGCUGGGCCCUGCACCGCGCGCUGGGCGCGGCGGCCGCCGCGAACCUCACAGGCGAAGACUCCUGGCCGCCGGGUUCUGCAAGCCUCUUCUGGGCCUUGCUGGCGAUGGUGAGCUGUGGCGAGCGCUUGGAGACGGGCUGGUCGGAGGUUUGCACGCGCCUGGCGCGCCACGGCUACGUGCUGCCGGAGCCGAAGAGGCAGAAGCCCCGAAAGGAGCCCAAGGCUACGCUACUGGGCUAUACCAACAAGCUGAAGUCCCUCACCGCCAAGGUGCAAGAGCUUUCGAUGGACUUCGAAAGGCUUCUGCCGCCGCUGGGGGAAGCCCGGUGA